GCUCCACGCAGUGAACGAGAGACAGAGGAAGAGAGCAGUCCUGGCCCUUGGUAGACUAGACCUCUUCUAACUGUGCGUCCUUCGUCUACUAGCCUACUGCACAAUAAAUAACUCUAGACUCAGGGACAAAGAGGACAUAGCUACUGACCGGUCUACUGCUGCAUGGAGGCAUCUGGGCAGUGCGUGCAGGAAUACAGCUCCAGCUCAAUCGGACCUCUCAAAUGUUCUAGGACGAAUAGAGAAGAGGAGAGGGGGAGCGCAGCGGAUGAAAGGAAAGGAAAUAUUUACUACGUUGACUCACCGCAGUUUCUCCGCUCUGGGGAAGAGAGGAGAAUGAAGGAAUGAGGAGAAGGGACGGUUAAAGUGUGUUAUGUCAGGGGUGCUGCUGAUGGAGUUCUAAAUGAUGGAUACGUGUUGUCAUCUAUUAUAUGAAAUACAGCGACGGGUAGAGAGAGAGAGCUUUGCUGGGUGAUAAUAUUCAUCUGACAAAGACAUCUGCCGUUAGGCUACCCUUCUGACCGCAAUAAUAGCCCAGGCUGCAAAGAGACCUCGGCAUAGGCUACCUGAUCUAACGAGGAACCGAGUCGGUGUGACAUUAGGGACAAAGACGAGAAGAAGGAACUUCCCCGGUUUCUCAGCUACAGGUCAACAACCGAUCACAUCGGCUUUCAUCCCUCCCUGAACCACUCAAAACCGGAAUUAAGAUUCAACGGUUCAACCAAAGACAGGGUCUAAACGAGGAUCUGAAGACAUACUGGACAGAGGGACAUGUAUCUAACAUCGACCUCACAUGCACCCGACUAACAAACACACGAGCCACAGAAGAAAGCGAUAGAUAGCGGCUGCUCCCCUGCCACGCGCACGGCCGGUCAGACUCUCUCCUCCGCUCGCUCUAUCUCCGGGUUGUGAGAAUGACUGGGGUCGCGUGCUUGAAGUGUUACCUCUGGAUCUUUAUCUUCGUAUUUAGGUCGACGUUACCUUCUGACGCCAAAUUACUGGAAACUAUAAUGUGGAGCACUCAGAAUGCCAAGUUCCUGUCAGGUAGAGGGGUGGUCAUCUACCCAGAUAUCGGGGACAAGCUGGACAUUAUCUGCCCCAAGGCUGAGCCAGGACGAGACUAUGAGUUCUAUAAGCUGUACCUGGUCAGGAGAGAGCAGGCGGAGGGGUGCAGCACGGUCAUGGACCCCAACGUACUGGUCAACUGUAACAAGCCAGAGAAGGACAUCAAGUUCACCAUCAAGUUCCAGGAGUUUAGUCCCAACUAUAUGGGCCUGGAGUUUAAGAAGAACAUGAAUUACUACAUCACAUCCACGUCCAAUGGUUCAGUCGAAGGCCUGGAGAACAGAGAGGGAGGAGUCUGUAAGACCAGGGCCAUGAAAGUUGUCAUGAAGGUCGGACAAGACCCCAACACUGUUCUACCAGACCCUGUAUUACCAGAGGAACCAGAGAGAGAGAACGACAACAGUCUGGGAGGAGACUUCAGUCCUAGCCCUGAGGACAACCUGCUGCCUGGGGCAGGAGAGCCAGGCAACACUGACUCUAUAAACCAGGACAACAGGUCAGGAGGCUCCAGCAGCAGUGACGGCAUCCUGGGGUCAAAGGUCGCUGUGUUCUCAGCCAUCGGAGCCGGCUGCAUCAUCUUCCUCCUCCUCAUCCUCUUCCUUAUCAUCCUGCUCAUCAAGAUGAGGAAGAGAUCCCGGAAGCACUCUCACGCUCAGCCCCACCCUUCCGCCCUGUCGCUCAGCACGCUGUCCAAUCAGAACAAGCUGCCUGGCAGCGGGGGCACAGCCGGAACGGAACCCAGUGACAUCAUCAUCCCGCUGAGGACAGAGAAUAACUACUGCCCUCACUACGAGAAAGUGAGCGCUGACUACGGACAUCCUGUUUAUAUCGUACAGGAGAUGCCUCCGCAGAGCCCAGCAAACAUUUAUUAUAAAGUCUGAGAGAGGAGGAGAGAACAUUUAUUACCAGGUCUGAGAGAGGAGGAGAGGAGAGAACAUUUAUUACCAGGUCUGAGAGAGGAGGAGAGGAGAGAACAUUUAUUACAAGGUCUGAGAGAGGAGGAGAGGAGAGAACAUUUAUUACAAGGUCUGAGAGAGGAGGAGAGAACAUUUAUUACCAGGUCUGAGAGAGGAGGAGAGGAGAGAACAUUUAUUACCAGGUCUGAGAGAGGAGGAGAGGAGAGAACAUUUAUUACCAGGUCUGAGAGAGGAGGAGAGGAGAGAACAUUUAUUACCAGGUCUGAGAGAGGAGGAGAGGAGAGAACAUUUAUUACCAGGUCUGAGAGAGGAGGAGAGGAGAGAACAUUUAUUAUCAGGUCUGAGAGAGGAGGAGAGGAGAGAACAUUUAUUACCAGGUCUGAGAGAGGAGGAGAGGAGAGAACAUUUAUUACCAGGUCUGAGAGAGGAGGAGAGGAGAGAACAUUUAUUAUCAGGUCUGAGAGAGGAGGAGAGGAGAGAACAUUUAUUACCAGGUCUGAGAGAGGAGGAGAGGAGAGAACAUUUAUUACCAGGUCUGAGAGAGGAGGAGAGAACAUUUAUUACCAGGUCUGAGAGAGGAGGAGAGGAGAGAACAUUUAUUACCAGGUCUGAGAGAGGAGGAGAGGAGAGAACAUUUAUUACCAGGUCUGAGAGAGGAGGAGAGGAGAGAACAUUUAUUAUCAGGUCUGAGAGAGGAGGAGAGGAGAGAACAUUUAUUACCAGGUCUGAGAGAGGAGGAGAGGAGAGAACAUUUAUUACCAGCGAUUGAACAUCUAGAUACAGUGUGAGUUGCAGAGAGAAGGAUAGGAGCGAUUGAACAUCUACAUACAGUGAGUUGAAGAGAGAAGGAUAGGAGCGAUUGAACAUCUAGAUACAGUGUGAGUUGAAGAGAGAAGGAUAGGAGCGAUUGAACAUUACUCUACCAGUGGACUAACGUAUUAUUUUAACCUGGGGACUUGGCUUUUAACAAGCCCAUGUUGUUCAACCACCUACUGACCUAAGGAGAAGACGCCUGACAGUGGACCAUGGACUGGUCCAGAGAAACUGGACUGACAGAAACUGUCCAAUACAUUUCAUCUUGUUGUUUGGCGCUGUAAGUGUGAUGUUUUACCCUCUGUCCUCCUGUCUUCUAACCUCCUGUCUUCUAACCUCCUGUUCUCUAUUCUCCUGUCCUCUAACAUCCUGUCCUCUAUCCUCCUGUUCUCUAUCCUCCUGUCCUCUAUUCUCCUGUCCUCUAACGUCCUGUCCUCUAUCCUCCUGUUCUCUAUGCUCCUGUCCUCUAUUCUCCUGUCCUCUAACGUCCUGUCCUCUAUCCUCCUGUUCUCCAUCCUCCUGUCCUCUAACGUCCUGUCCUCUAUCCUCCUGUUCUCUAUCCUCCUGUCCUCUAUUCUCCUGUCCUCUAACGUCCUGUCCUCUAUCCUCCUGUCCUCUAUUCUCCUGUCCUCUAACGUCCUGUCCUCUAUCCUCCUGUUCUCUAUCCUCCUGUCCUCUAACGUCCUGUCCUCUAUCCUCCUGUUCUCUAUCCUCCUGUCUUCUAACCUCCUGUCUUCUAUCCUCCUGUCCUCUAUUCUCCUGUCCUCUAACGUCCUGUCCUCUAUCCUCCUGUUCUCUAUCCUCCUGUCCUCUAUUUUCCUGUCCUCUAACGUCCUGUCCUCUAUCCUCCUGUUCUCUAUCCUCCUGUCCUCUAUUCUCCUGUCCUCUAACGUCCUGUCCUCUAUCCUCCUGUUCUCUAUCCUCCUGUCCUCUAACGUCCUGUCCUCUAUCCUCCUGUUCUCUAUCCUCCUGUCCUCUAUUCUCCUGUCCUCUAACGUCCUGUCCUCUAUCCUCCUGUCCUCUAUUCUCCUGUCCUCUAACGUCCUGUCCUCUAUCCUCCUGUUCUCUAUCCUCCUGUCCUCUAACGUCCUGUCCUCUAUCCUCCUGUUCUCUAUCCUCCUGUCUUCUAACCUCCUGUCUUCUAUCCUCCUGUCCUCUACUCUCCUGUCCUCUAACGUCCUGUCCUCUAUCCUCCUGUUCUCUAUCCUCCUGUCCUCUAUUCUCCUGUCCUCUAACGUCCUGUCCUCUAUCCUCCUGUUCUCUAUCCUCCUGUCCUCUAUUCUCCUGUCCUCUAACGUCCUGUCCUCUAUCCUCCUGUUCUCUAUCCUCAUGUUUUCUAUUCUCCUGUCCUCUAACGUCCUGUCCUCUAUCCUCCUGUCCUCUAUCCUCCUGUCCUCUAUUCUCCUGUCCUCUAACGUCCUGUCCUCUAUCCUCCUGUCCUCUAUCCUCCUGAACUGACCACACCGUUCUGAACUGACCACACCGUUCUGAACUGACCACACCGUUCUGAACUGACCACACCUUUCUGAACUGACCACACCGUUCUGAACUGACCACACCGUUCUGAACUGACCACACCGUUCUGAACUGACCACACCGUUCUGAACUGACCACACCGUUCUGAACUGACCACCCCCUUCUGUUGUUGUGUGGUUGUGAUGUUUAGUAUCUUCCACUACACUACUAUCACUACACAGCACAGUUUAAUAGUUACUAGACCAACACACCACACUUCAGUAGUCAACUCAAGCGCCAGUGUGUGUGUCAUUGUAUGUGUGUGUGUGUGUGUCAGUGGAGGCUGGUGGGAGUAGCUAUAGGAGGAUGGUUUCAUUGUAAUGGCUGGAAUGGAAUAGAUGGAACAGAGUCAAACACAUCAAACUUAUGGAAGCCAUGUUUGACUCCGUUUCAUUGAUUCCAUUCCAGCCAUUACAAUGAGCCCAUCCUCCUAUAGCUACUCCCACCAGCCUCCACUGGUGUGUGUGUGUUUGUGUCAGUCAUGCCUCUGCUGGGGAUCCAGAUAGCUCAGGUACCAGACAGUGUGUUCCUCUCUCCCCUCACACCUCUACUGUCUCACCCUCACACCUCUACUGUCUCACCCUCACACCUCUACUGUCUCACCCUCACACCUCUACUGCCUCACCCCCACACCUCUACUGUCUCUCCCCCACACCUCUACUGUCUCUCCCCUCACACCUCUACUGUCUCUCCCUCACACCUCUACUGUCUCUCCCCCACACCUCUACUGUCUCUCCCUCACACCUCUACUGUCUCUCCCCUCACACCUAUACUGUCUCUCCCCUCACACCUCUACUGUCUCUCCCCUCACACCUCUACUGUCUCUCCCCCACACCUCUACUGUCUCUCCCCUCACACCUCUACUGUCUCUUCCUCACACCUCUACUGUCUCUUCCUCACACCUCUACUGUCUCUCCCUCACACCUCUACUGUCUCACCCCCACACCUCUACUGUCUCUUCCUCACACCUCUACUGUCUCACCCUCACACCUCUACUGUCUCUCCCUCACACCUCUACUGUCUCACCCCUCACACCUCUACUGUCUCUUCCUCACACCUCUACUGUCUCUCCCUCACACCUCUACUGUCUCUCCCUCACACCUCUACUGUCUCUCCCCCACACCUCUACUGUCUCUCCCCUCACACCUCUACUGUCUCUCC